UGAGUUACGGGACGAGAAGAAAAACUAGCUAGUUCUAGGCAAGUACAUAACACCCACCCUUUCCCCAGCUCUCCCUCAACCCAGUAUCUGUCACUUUCCAGAUACCUCUAAUCUUCUAACUUGGGUCCGUUUCGCCUCAACUCUUUGGACUUCCCCUGUUGGUCAGAUGGCGGGCUCAGAUGACAAACUUCAAGCAAGUCCCAGUAAGUCGGACAAGAGUGCUAUUUCAAAGACGGCUCCAGAGCCAAUAAACGCACCCACUGGAGACAACAGCUCACCCUCCACAUCGAAUGCACCAGCUCUCCACUGUAGCCUCGCCCCAAAUAACAAGAAUGGCUACAGCAAGACCACUGACUCUGCUGCACACGAUUCCCGAUCUGACAUGCACUCGCUUGCUCUAUCCGAAGACCCCCAUGAAGUUGCUCCUGCCGACGAGCAAAACCAACACCAGCUCCAACGGUGGGUUUACGAAAAUCGUGACUCCGUCGUCCCUGUAUCCGAAAGAUUCCAGAGGCCUGGCUAGGAGAAUAGGGAGGGACAGACUUGAGGCAUACGAAGAGCUGAGGGUUGAGUCACUUGACAAAACCUCCCCUCGGCUAAUCUGCCGUAAUGCCUCAACAAGAUCUGAGAACUUCAAAAAAGGGGGGAUUUA